AUGACAGCCAAACAGCUUGAACAGGAAACCGGCUGCAAAAUUAUGGUCAGAGGCAAAGGCUCUAUGCGCGAUAAGAGAAAGGAGGAAGCUAAUCGUGGGAAACCGAACUGGGAGCAUCUGGAUGACGAGCUACAUGUUCUACUGCAGUGCGAAGACACUGAAAAUAGAGCCAGAAUCAAACUGCAUGCCGCCAUGGAGCAUGUGAAGAAACUUUUAGUCCCUGCGCCGGAAGGAACUGACGAGCUGAAAAGAAAGCAACUAAUGGAGCUUGCUAUAAUUAACGGAACGUAUCGACCAUUUCACAAAUCUGGACUAUCCAAUUCCAAUAGGAUUCUAACUCCUGUACCACUUGUAUCACCAAUUCGUGCUCCAAUCUUCGUCUCUCCAACAAGCAGUCCUAACAGUGUUAGCAUGCAGGUUUCGGCACUACUGACGGCCCUAUUGGACCGCUCUCUCGUUGCGCCACUCUUUUUCGCAACUCUGAUUGUGCGGGCGUGGAAAGAGCGCAAAGUUUCACGACCCCGCCGCUUUCCCCGAGAACAAGCAGAUAAGCAAGCGCAAUUCCUAAAGAACCUAUCACAUUUUCGACCCUGACU